AUGCUCGCCUUCGGCCACAGUGACGAGAGCCCGGAGGCUUUCCCAUUUGGGAUGCUCAGCGCUCCCUCUACACUUCGAGCAGGAAGACCCUCACCCAGGUUUUGAUAUUUAUUUGCGGAGGUCAGCCCUACAGGUGUGUUGCGCGUUAUUGACAUUGUAUUUGUCACCGGGGACUUGGUCUAGUUCCGUGGGAAUCGGAUGUCUGUUUUUUUGGGACCUAGUACGCCUACGCUCCAUUUCGCUACUGUUCUCAUGUGCUGGUGGACGGCAGGCGGGCCUUUCUCGCUUUGCAUGCAUGCAGAUGAGUUCGUCGGAGGUAGUAGGCGCACUGCAUUGACUGAUGGCGAUCGCCGUGGGGGAUCGGAGCCUGAGUGUUCUGGAACUGUAGCUUAUGAGCUUAUUCUCGUAAAAGACGGCAGUGGGGUAAGAAGCUUCUAUUUUUCCAAUUCCUCUCUUCGUCGCUCUGCCGGACGCCUUAGGUUGGCUCGGGCUGCGGCGAGGAAAAUUGAGUGGUGCAAAGCAAUUGCACUAUUGGUAGUGAGUGAGUGUCAAGAGGUUUUCACGGUAUUGAUGUCCAAUUGGUGGGCGUACCUGAGCGAAUAGGGUAAAUUGGAUGAACAGGGGAAGCUGUAGAGUUCUGGUCGAAGCUAGGUCAAGUGGUGAGGGCCAGAGGGUGCUGAUACCCCAGGCAGGUCACGUUUUUGUGGUACCUAGGUGCCUGUCGUCUCAAAUAUCUAAAAGCUUUCCACUCUCCCUCUCCUCUCCCAGUCUGGUUUUUUUUAUUUAUUUCUUCGAUAGUAUUUUUUGGAUCUUGAGAAAUUUGAACCAUUGAAAUUUCUCUCCAUCGCCGCAAAAUUGAAUGUCCGUCUCGAGAUAAACAUUUAA